UAACGGAUAGCCUGGCAACUGAAGCAUAUACAUGCAGCCAUGUCUCCUCUUUUGGCCCGACAAAGCUUUUGUCUCUGGUCUUCACCGUCUAGCCUGCUUUCUUGACAGACGGGAGGCCACAUCGACAUGACCCAGGCCAGAGGAACGCCAGCCAUGGACGUGGCACGCUCACUUCAGAUCGUUGCCGUCCUCCUUUCCUUGCUGAGCAUUGGAGCAGCCCAUCACAUACCCGCGCGUCUAUCACGACCCAUCUUUGCGCCAGACACGCUCAAGCGAGCCACCUCGCAAGACCCUUCCUGCCCGGACGGGUUCCUCUGCCUCCAGCAACCAUGUCCCAGCUCGGCCAUCUGCGCGGCAGGCGAGAUGUGUCUCAACUUUGAGGGCACUCUUGCUUGUGUGCCACAGGGCGCCUCUUUCUGUGCCCUGAACCCCAGCUCUUUCGAAGGCGUGGGCUGCUGGAACGGAAUGUGUUGGUUUGUGCCCCUGGUCCCCCUAAUGUUCUUGAGAUCCUUGAGGAGAAAGCGACUAAAUAAGCCAACCAUUCCAAAGCCACGGUCAAUGUUAUGCAUCAGAUGCCGUGUGCUGUGACAAUCCGGGAACCCAGUGCUCUUUGGGUCGGGCCUGCAAUGUGUGUAGUCCUGGCCAAAAGUGCGCAAAUGGGGGCUGUUCUGGAGACACAACCGCUGUUUUCCCCGUUCCUCCUACUAGCACUACCGCCAAGACACCCAGCACUAGCAGUUCGCCCGUUUCCCCGCCUGCCUCUUCGACGACUCGCAUCACGACGUCCACUCCCCGGCCAAGUACC